CAAAUAUACCCUUACAUUCUUAAUUUAUUUACAAUAGGACCUCUCCAAACCGCGAAUUGAGCUUUGGCGCCAGUUCCUUUGAUGUAGUUACGAAUUGGCGCCGACCCACUUCGCACUGGUAAUAUUCAAAUCCCUAAGCCCACUGUUUGUUUCCCGAGAAAAUUUCAGUAGAAAAGAAAAUAUCGCUAAUCCUAGAAGAUAGAUAGAGUAGAGAGAUGAAGUUCAAGGCGUUUUUGACUGAGAAUGGUGUUUGCCUACUGGAAAAGAGGUUUUUACCAGCUCUUGACAAGAUGGGGAAGAUUUUCCAUCUCUACCUCACCAGAGACCACGCUAUAUUCCUCCAUAAUCUUCUCAAUGGCGACGGAAUUCAAUCCAUCGCUCAAUUCCGUAAAGAAGCUCUCUUCGACGAUUACCGUAUCUCCAGCCAGAACGAGGACAGAAUCGCCUUCUCCAUUGACGUUUCGCUCCUCCACCGAGCUCUUCGUAGUAGUGUCAGCAUCUGUACAGAGUUCGGAACUGGUCCAACGGCGAAUCGCCUCCAGAUUAAACUCGUAAAGAAACUACCAGUGAAUUCGACCCAGCCGAUGCCAUUCCUCACAUUUGAAACCAAGGGAUUCAAAUCGGCGGUGAUUCAAGAUGUUCCGAUCUCGAAACCUUUGUCUAGAGCUCAACUUCUCGAGCUUCAAACGGCUCUCGACAUGGCACAGGAUUUGCCUCAGACUCUUGUUCAGGUACCUGAUAUGAAUCAGUUGCAGAGUUUCGUGGAUCGAAUGAAGCACUUAGGGGAAUUGCUUAAUGUCUCCAUCACCAAAUAUGGGGAUUUACAUGUACAGAUUUCAAGGACACUAAUCACGCUGGGAGCUGAGUUUCGGAAAUUGUUUGUUAUAGGAGCUCAGGCAGAGGCUCCAGCUGAGGAUCGAAAUCUGAGUGCUCAAACUCGAUCCUCUAGAGCUAUUGAAAGAGGAGACGGUCAAUCAGUUCAAGUUAGUGUGAAACAUUUUGCUAAAAGCCUUUGCUACCACUUGGCCAAACCAGAUUGUGCUUUCUAUGGUAUUGCUCCUCAAGGUGCUUGCUUGACAGUGAUCUUCCAGUUCUUCAUUCCUGGUUCACGUCAAAUGGACAAGUCAAUCAGCUUGCAUUGCAGACUUCCUGUGCUUGACCCAGGUACCACUUGAUGCUUCUUCGGAUUUUGGACCAUUUGUGGUUAACCAUCAGUGUAAGACAACUACUACUGCUAUUAGAUAUUAUAAUUGUCAGUAUAUAUAUUGGCUCUGUUCUUGUGAUGUAUUAGAUUUCUAGUAUUACCCUUAUAAAUGUAAUAUUUACCGAAAAAAAAAACCCUUAUAAAUAUAAUUGCUUUCUUGAUUAGUGGUUUGUGUAACAAGAAUGCUCUAAUGAGUUAUAUAAUCUGAUUAUGGUAGAAUUUUGUUUAUG